AUGGAUUCUCCCAUUGUGACGCAGCUGUUCCGGCAGCUGUUCCGACAGCGGCCGCGCGGAUGCCAGGGCCACUGGCCCACGACGACGACGACGGCGACGACGAUGCUCCGCCGGCCGAGCCAUCGACCGAUUGCCCGUUGCGGUUCCAACCACAACGCACGCAGCUACGCGACGAGGGCGUCCAUCGACCGCGGCAUGAAGAAGAAUGAGAGCCGCUGGCAGCAGCGGACGCACAUCCUGCCCGAGGACCGCAGCGACGAGUUUGCCAAGUACCCGUACAUUUCCGCAGCGGAGCUCAAGCAGCGGACGGAGCGCCCGCGCAAAGUCAAGAUGCUACUACGCGACUUUAUCGAAGACUCCCUCUACAACCCCUCGUACGGCUACUUUUCCAAGCAGGCCGUCAUCUUCAGCCCCGGCGCGCCGUUUGACUUUAGCGCCAUGCGCGACGAGAUUGAGUUCCAAGGCGAGGUCGGCCGGCGGUACACGGAGUUCGAAGACGCCCUCGACGAGGCCGACGGCGGCGUCAACCCGACGCGGCAGCUCUGGCACACGCCCACCGAGCUGUUCCGCCCGUUCUACGGCGAGGCCAUCGCGCGCUACCUCGUCGCCAACUACCGCCUGACGGCCUACCCCUACCACGACCUCCUCCUCUACGAAAUGGGCGCCGGCCGCGGCACGCUCAUGCUCAACAUUCUCGACUACAUUCGCGCCGUCGACCCCGACGUCUACGCGCGCACCCGCUACAACAUCAUCGAGAUCUCUCCCGCGCUCGCCGCCAUGCAGGACCACCACCUGCAGGCCACGGCCGCCUCGCGCGGCCACGCGGACAAGGUCACCAUCAUCAACCGUUCCGUGUUCGAGUGGGACCAGUACGAGCCCAGCCCGUGCUUCUUCCUCGCCAUGGAGGUCUUUGACAACUUCGCGCACGACGGCAUCCGCUACGACGUCGCCACGGAAGCCCCCCUGCAGGGCCACGUGCUGAUUGACGGCGAUGGCGACUUUUACGAGUUUUACGUCCACGAGCUCGACCCCGUCGCCGCCCGCUUCUUUCGCGUCCGGCACGCCGCCACCGGCGGCGCCUAUCCCCGCCCGUACCCCGCCAACGCGGCCCUGCGCUGGCUCGCCGCCAACCGGCCUUUUGCGCCUAAUCUCUCCCAGGCCGAGUACAUUCCGACCCGCCUCAUGCAAUUCUUUGAUGUGCUCGAGCGCUACUUUCCCGCGCACCGCCUCGUCACGAGCGACUUUGACACCCUCCCGCAGGCCGUCAAGGGUCUCAACGCGCCCGUCGUGCAAACGCGCUAUAACCGCCGCAUGGUGCCCGUCACGACGCCGCUGGUCCACCAAGGCUACUUUGACAUUCUCUUCCCCACAGACUUUGGCAUCACAGAGGCCAUGUACAGGGCUCUUACCGGCAAGCUCACGCGCGUCAUGUCCCACGGCGACUUUUUGCGCCGCUGGGCCUAUGUCGAGGACACGCAGACGCGUAGCGGCGAGAACCCGCUGCUGUCGCAUUACAAGAAUGCGAGCGUCAUGGUGACGGUAUGA